ACUGCACGAGGCGCUUCGCUCACACACCAGCAGCACGUCGCCACAGCUGUAGCAGCGCUGCUCAGUCUCCGGGGGCUGUGGGAGAUCCGAGCGAACAGGGAAGCAGGGCCCACGGGGAGUCGGGACCCAGCAGUGUGAGGCUUGGCAGGAGUCAGGACAUUCACACCGAGCGAACACCGGGGGGAAACCGACACUGAGAGAGGAAUAAGGGAGGGAGGCACCUUCUGAAAAAGACACACAACUCUCUCUUUCCUCCUAAUUUCAAAACACUUCCGCGUUAAAAUGGCUGACCGCGAGCAGGGCAGCAGCGACGGAGAGAGCUCGAGCACCGGGGGAUCCGAGCGGCGGGAGAGCGGGGCCGCGAGGGGCUUCGCGCGCCAAGGAGCUCUGCGCCAGAAGAACGUGCACGAGGUCAAGGACCACAAGUUCAUCGCGCGCUUCUUCAAGCAGCCCACGUUCUGCAGCCACUGCACGGACUUCAUCUGGGGGUUCGGGAAGCAAGGUUUCCAGUGUCAAGUGUGUUGUUUCGUGGUCCAUAAACGCUGUCAUGAGUUCGUCACCUUCUCCUGUCCGGGGGCCGACAAGAAUGCAUCAGACGACCCGAGGAGUAAACACAAGUUUAAGGUCCAUACCUACUCCAGCCCUACGUUCUGUGACCACUGUGGAUCCCUACUCUACGGGUUGAUACACCAGGGCAUGAGAUGUGACCAUUGUAUGAUGAACAUCCACAACCGGUGUGUGGCCAACGUUCCCAGUCUGUGUGGAACGGACCACACUGAGAGGAGAGGACGCAUCCAGAUCACAGCAGAUAUCAAGGACAACAAACUCACCGUCUACAUCCAGGAGGCUUGUAAUCUGGUCCCCAUGGACCCUAACGGUCUGUCUGACCCCUACGUGAAGCUCAAACUCAUCCCCGACCCCAAGAGUGACACCAAGCAGAAGACCAAGACCAUCAAGUGUAACCUGAACCCCACCUGGAAUGAGAGCUUCACAUUUCCUCUGAAGGACUCUGAUAAGGACCGGCGUCUGUCGGUGGAGAUCUGGGACUGGGAUCUGACCAGCAGGAACGACUUCAUGGGAGCGCUCUCAUUCGGCGUCUCAGAGCUCCAGAAACAAGGAGUGGAUGGAUGGUUUAAAUUGUUGUCCCAGGAGGAGGGAGAGUACUUUAAUGUUCCUGUCCAACCAGACGGAGAAGACGGCAACGAGGAACUACGACAAAAGUUUGAGAGGGCUAAGAUUGGUCCCGGGAAGAACACAGACGGCUCCUCCUCUAACUCCACCUCUAAGUACGAUAGCAACGGUAACCAGGACCGCGUCAAACUGACAGACUUCAACUUCAUUAUGGUGUUGGGCAAGGGCAGCUUCGGGAAGGUGAUGUUAGCAGAGCGUAAAGGAGCAGACGAGCUGUACGCCGUAAAGAUCCUGAAGAAGGACGUGGUCAUUCAGGAUGAUGAUGUGGAGUGCACCAUGGUGGAGAAGAGGGUCCUGGCCCUGUCCGGGAAACCUCCCUUCCUCACACAGCUCCACUCCUGCUUCCAGACCAUGGACAGGUUAUAUUUUGUGAUGGAGUAUAUCAACGGAGGAGACCUCAUGUAUCAGAUCCAGCAGGUCGGCAAGUUCAAGGAACCCCACGCUGUUUUCUAUGCUGCAGAGAUCUCCAUCGGCCUCCUCUUCCUCCAUUCCAAAGGCAUCGUUUACCGGGAUCUGAAGCUGGACAACGUGAUGCUGGAUGCAGAAGGCCACAUUAAGAUCGCUGACUUUGGGAUGUGCAAAGAGAACAUGUUAGACGGUGUCACCACCAAGACCUUCUGUGGGACCCCAGACUACAUCGCUCCUGAGAUCAUAGCGUACCAGCCCUAUGGGAAGUCCGUGGACUGGUGGGCCUUUGGAGUUCUGCUCUACGAGAUGCUGGCUGGACAGCCUCCGUUCGAUGGUGAGGACGAGGAUGAGUUGUUUCAGUCCAUCAUGGAGCAUCACGUCUCCUACCCCAAGUCCAUGUCCAAGGAGGCUGUCGCCAUCUGCAAAGGGUUGAUGACCAAGCACCCAGGGAAGCGUCUGGGCUGUGGUCCGGAGGGGGAGAGGGAUAUAAAGGAACACGCUUUCUUUCGUUACAUGGACUGGGACAAACUGGAGAACAAGGAAGUCCAGCCGCCCUUCAAACCCAAAGCUUGCGGUCGCGAGGCAGAGAACUUUGAUCGUUUCUUUACCCGCCACCCCCCCAUCCUGACCCCCCCCGACCAGGAGGUCAUCAUGAACCUGGACCAGGAAGAGUUCCAGGGAUUCUCAUUCGUUAACCCAGAGUACCCAGACAUGGACUGACCCAUCACAGCGCUGCAUUAGCUCUGUGAUCCUGCCCCUCUUCCAGAUCUCAUAUCAUUCCAUCACCAGGAUAUAGUUUAGGACCAAAAAGGGUGUAUCCCAGUUGUCUCUCCUCCCUCUUGAGCGUUGUUCACUACUCCUGAGUGGCGCGGCCGUCUGGUGGCAUCUCAGUGCACGAAGCGUCACUACAGUGCCUGGUUCGAAUCCCAGGCUGUGUCACAUCCGGCCGUGAUUGGGAGUCCUAAGAGGGCGGCGCACGAUUGGCCCAGCGUCGUCCGGGUUUUGGCCUGGGGGGGGGGGGGGGGGG